AAUAGGUUUUUCUAAUCAAAUUGCAAUCGCUAACAUUUCGAGCUGUCAAAAUUUUCAACUGUUCAACAGUACAAAGAUAUUCCUCGUAAAUUUCUCGUUACACGAACCAAAUGCUAUUUCGGCCGCGAAAAUCUUCACAGAAAAUUUAAUAAAUUUGAAAUUUAAAAUCCAUUAAAACGACUUAUUUAAAUUUUUCAAGAGAUCGCAUUAAUAAAAGGUAAUACGAUGAAAAUUUCAGUCCUUAAAAACGGCCGAAAGUGUUACUGACUUGGUUAUUUCUACAAUUUCCUGUGAGGAAUUAAUUAGGAAUUAGAUAACGGGAUGUGACAAUCUAGCUUUUUUGUAUACUUGAAAACUUAAAGAUAUCGCUAAAAUAUACGGCUUCUUGCAAAAUGGGACAAACUAUGGGCAGGAUGCCUGAAACGUGGGAAGGUCUCCUGGAGGAGAGAGAUCGCGUUUUACAUUGGAGCUCCGAAGUGUUGGCGAGAGUGCAGGAUAAUGUUACGAACGAGGAUACGUUCUUGAUAGACUACGAUGACAACAAGAUUGACGUCAAGCUUGACACGUGGAUUAAAACUAAUCGAACGCGGGUUGACGAGAUGUUCAAUAAGUUUCCAAACGCGUCAGAUCAACUCAGAAAUACAGUAAACACGGGAAUCGAAAAGCUUAUUGAAGAACUGCGGGCAAAAACGAAAAAGGAUUAUCAGGGCGCGUACAGUGACAUUAAGAAGUUCAACAAGAAAGUGGAUCAAUUGGGCUCGAAUGAACGAAAGAUACACGCUGAAAUACAAAGUCUGGAGGCGGAAUGCGCGGGCGACACGAAGAAAUUUCAAAAGAAAUUUGGACCGUUGCGCUCAAAAGUGUUCGACAAUUUGCGGACCGGCGAGAAAAUGAUAUUCCAGGAUAAAAAGCUGAAAAGCGAUUUUACGAAAAAAGUUUACGAUAUUGAUCACAAAAACUCUACCGAGUGCGUGAAACGGAUCGAUAAAUUGGUAAAAGACUUCGAGAAAAAUGCAAUGAAAUAAGGAAUUAAAUAAAGCGGUACGAAAAAAAAAUGCCUUAUCGUCAACUUGCACUUUUGUACAUGCGAUCGAUAACACGUUUAUAAAAAAAAAAUUAUUAAAAAAUACGAUUUUUCUUUUUGAGA